CUUGUCGCAACAACCUACAUUUUACGGCAGCGAAGGUUCAUUGUGAUUGGACGUUUUGUGCCGUAAACAGUGUUGGUUAUAGAACGCAUGGGACUACGGUUGGCACAGCGUGUGUGUGCAUCUAAACGAUGGAGGCUAAAUCCAAAAAAACCUUUUCUCCUAAAGGUGGAAAGAAGUUUACACAGAAAGGAAAAGAUUCCAUAGGGGCCAAACUUGGUGGAAAACCAGGCAGUAAGCCAGGCGGUAAAAAGCCCUUCAAACCGUACAACAACACAGAGAGGAAGAGCAGACCGGGGAUGGGUGGAGAUGGCGGCAAGAAACAACACAAAUUUGCUUUCUCCAAAUCCGACAAGGGGCAGCAGAAGAGGAAACUGCCUUUUAAAGUGAAAAAGGAAGAAGAAGAGGGUGAAGGUCCGGUGGCUAAGAAGAUGAAGAAAGGUGAGUUUAAGCCGAAGACGAAGGAACUGACGAAGGAGGAGCUGAAGAAGAACAGGCAGCAGAGGAAGAAGGAUCUGAAGAACAGCAGACAGCAGGCGGAGAGGAAGGACAUGUUCCAGAUCGUCUGUCAGGCAAAACGAGUGUGGGGAGACCUCAGGAGGAAGAAUUGCAACAAAGAAAUAAAGAAUAAACUGAUGAAAGAGCUUCAUGACCUCAUCCGCGGGAAGAUCAAACAGAUGGCAUUUGCUCACGACUCAGUGCGAGUGCUGCAGUGUUUCAUUCAGUUCGGCAGCCACGAGCAGAGACAGGAAGUGUUUGAGGAGCUCAAAGAUGACAUCAUCGGUUUGUGUAAGUCGCAGUACGGCAGACACGUGGUGAAAAAACUGCUGAUGUACGGGAACAAGGAGCUGAUGGCGGCUGUGAUGCAGCAAUUUAAAGGUCACGUUCGGCCAAUGCUUCGGCACGCCGCCGCCUCGUCCAUCAUCGAGUACGCCUACAACGACAAAGCCGUGCUCGCACAGAGACUCAUGCUUACUGAGGGGCUGUACGGGAACACCUUCACUGUCUGCAAGUCGUCAGUGUGUAACACCAUCGAGAAAGUUGCAGAGGCGAACCCGGACAAGCUGAACAACAUCAUCGACGAGAUGAAGCAGAUUCUCACACCCAUGGCCCAGAAAGAACAAGUGAUCAAACACUCUCUGGUCCACAAAGUCUUCCUGGACUUCUUCCUGUUAGCUCCCGAAAAACAGAGAACGGAGAUGAUCGAGUCGAUCAGAGAGUCGGUCGUCUACAUGGCUCACACACACGACGGAGCGCGAGUGGCAAUGCACUGUCUGUGGCACGGGACGGCCAAGGACAGAAAAGUCAUAAUCAAAACUAUGAAGACGUACAUGGUGAAGUUUGCCACGGGAGAGUUUGGUCACCUGGUUCUUCUGGCCAUGUUUGACUGCGUGGACGACACCAAGCUGGUCAAACAGGCCGUGCUCUCAGAGAUCUUGUCGUCUCUGGAUGAGGUCAUCAGUAAUAAAUACGGUAAGAAGGUUAUGUUGUACCUGCUGAGCCCCAGAGACCCUGCUCACCUGCUGCCGGAGAUCAUCAAGGUGCUGGAGCAAGGAGACGGAAACACACACAGUAAAAAGGACAUGGCGAUUCGGAGGAAGGAGCUGCUGGAAGUCGUCAGCCCCCCGCUGUUGGAGUUUCUCCGGGACAACGCUGCCACCAUGGUGAUGGACAAGGCGACCAGCGUCACUGUUAGUGACAUCCUGGCGUCAGCCUGCGGGGACCUGCGGCCCGCCAUGACAGCUGUGGCUCAGCUGGCCAAUCAGGAGCUCGUGCCAGGAGGGACCAAUGGACAGCUUCACAUGGCGGAGCAUCCUGCAGGACACCUGGUGCUGAAAUGGCUCAUAGAGCAGGACAUGACACUGGCAGAGGCUGGCAAGGAAGAGCGCUUCGGCAGGAUUCUGGUGGACACAGUGGGAACAGACAAACUGAAGAGCUGGGUCAAAGUCAACAGAGGAGCCAUGGUGCUCUGCAGCCUCCUGAACAGCUGUGACAAGUCUGUUGCCGCCGAGGUGAAGGCGACGCUCGAGUCCAUCAGAUCCGAGCUCAGCGGCAUCAGCGACAACAACAAAGGAGCUACAAUCCUGCUGGAGAAUCUAAACAAGUAGAGACUUUUCAUUUCAAACAAACUGGUGAUGCUGAACACACAUCACUUUCUGUGCAGCAGGAAACGCCUACAAGACUGGAAGUGUUUGUAGCUGCAAAUGGGAACGUUUUCAGGAAGUGAGUACAACCUGGAACACUGUCAUUUCAUUCCCCGAUGAACGGACGUGAAUUUGUGUGGAAAUAUUGAGAAUUCUAUCUGUGAAUAAUGAUAUGGAAGUGUUUUGGCGGAUGAGGCGAUGCUAUGAGAGGACCGGGUAAAAUACACAGAUUGCCAGUUUUACAACACAUGAAGAGCACACGUAACAUAAAUCCUCUAAUAGUUCUGUUCGAGGAUUCAACGGAGUCAUGUCAUACUUUGCUGCUCUGAGAUUCUUUUUUUAACACAAAUUCUGUUUUCUUCCCAGUCGCUUCUACUUUGCCGUUUUUUUAAAAUCACUGUUACGCUACUAUCAAUGAAACUCAACAUGUCUUUCACAUUAAAAGCUUACCUGGUAAAAGAAGAUCUAUGCCCUUUGAGCCGCUGAAGGCUUUUAAAGUGAAACAUCUGCAGGAAGUGGUGAGUUUCACUGACCAUAGUUUAACACCGAAUCAAAGUAGAUAUACAACUCAGAGCAGUCGAUUGGGGAAAAUGACAUGAUUCUGUUGUAUUGUUGGAGCUAAUGCUGUGGAAACAUAUACUAUGAUUGAUCAAGACAACACGUAAACACGGAGGACGUGUUGAGUUUGCAGUGACAGCAAAUUAAAACAGGAGCAGCUCAUAAACUAGGGAGACUUCUUACUGAAACAUAAUAUAAGAACAUUAGAGAAAAAAGGCCUGUUUCAAGUAAAGACCUGGUUGUCUUUGCAGUUGGGGGGAAUAAAAUUGAAAAAACUAUUAUGGUAUACAGACAAAGGAGCUUUAUAGGGUCAUUUUUGCCCACAUCACAAAACAUCACCGUCCUCUUUUCUCAUCUUGUCUAUCCAUGCAGAUAUUUUUGGGGUUUUUUGAUCCAGGAGAUUUCUGUCUGAGGUGAUCGGAAUUUACUUUAGGUGCCUACAGCACUGAAAAAAGCAUCUAUUUUACAGGAUAGGUGUCCUUGUUGCUCAGUACUCAAUGUCUGCAUACAACCUAAAGGUGUUUUGAUUUGAGUGAACUGGCCCUUUAACAGGGGCUCGUGAUGGGUGGUUCUGUCCAGUAGUCCUGAUUGUUGGUGCCAUCCUCAGUUUCAGAUUUCUUUUUUAAGAUUUUGUACCAUGUGAGUGAUAAUUGUAUCCACUGAAAAGAAAAUUUGUUAGCAAAAUAAAGAUUAUUAUGACUA